UGACGUCGUCACCCCCAACUGAUGGAAGUAACAAUCAGCUGACACGUCCACGUAAUGAGCUGAUGUUUCCUCUCCCGACGUAUGGGGGCUGCCGGUAAAUGGCCUGUAUACAAAUACUGCUGCCAAACUGCUGUACCUCUGUACCCCGUGUGUGCCGUCGUCGCCACCCACCGCAGCUCUCGCCUCCUGUGCUUAAAAAAGAGGAGAAACCCGUCUGACCAGUCCAGACCAGAAAUGGCAGCCGAUCGGACCAGGACGACGUUCGAUGAAAAUGACGACGUUCAUUCAACAGAUUUGGGGUUGUCUUCGGACCAGGGGUGUAAUAUCCCGAAGAGACAUGCACGGGUUACGGUGAAGUACAACAGGAAGGAGCUGCAGAGGCGGCUCGACGUGGAGAAGUGGAUCGAUGAGAGCCUGGACCGGCUCUACUCGGGCCAGAAGACCGAUAUGCCAGAAGAGGUCAACAUUGAUGACUUGAUCGACCUGCCUAAUGAUGAGGAGCGAAUCAGAAAGCUAAAGGAGAUUCUUCAGAAGUGCAGUAGAAACACAGAGGCCUUCAUCAGAGAGCUGGUGGCAAAGCUGGAGGGAGUUCACAAACAGGAAGAGCUGCAGAGUGAAGGCAUUGAGCAUCCGGUCAUCUGCCACAGUCACUACCGCCAUGAGCCCUACCAUUUUAACAACCCACACCACCACCACCACCACACGCACCACUCCCAUGACCAAAACCAGACCCUCUGACAACACCCCCCCCCCCCCCCCCCCCCCACACACGCACACACCCCACCCCACCCCAGCCAAGACACAUGCUCACACACGUGCACUGUCAUGACAUGAAAACCAAAACGUGACGGAAGUAAAAAUCUAGCCUAAAACUUUAAACCUUUUUUUUUUUUUUAAGAUGCAAUUUAGAUGAUUAGACUGAUACCACUCUUAUAUGUGUGUUUCUCGUGAUGACAAAACUCUGUCACUGCUUCUGGCCAAGAAAUACGGAGGCACAGAAUGUGCACCACAUGUCAUUUUUACGCUAUAGUUUAUGCAAUGUUUAAAUAAAACAAGAAGUAAACAAACAUGUUAAUCAGUUAGCUCUAGUGGUGCUGGUAGGUACAUUUAUUACCUUUGCACAGACUCAGGCAGGCUGUUUAUGUUGAGCUGAACUAAUGGCUGUUGGCGGUAUCCUUAUACUGUAUUUAUCAGACAGAUGAAAGUGGUAUUACUCUUAUCAUCUAUCUGCAAGAUUGUAUUAUAUUUGCCCAAAUUUUGAACUCUUCCGUUAACUACUAACUUUGAUACAUAUUUUUGACAUAUCUCAUGGGUGGAUAAUUUGCGAAGAGAUGACUACAUCAUGAAAUAAAAAUAUAUUUUCAACUUGAAAGCUUGAAAGCUUAUCUAAGAGCAAGGGCUCCACUCUUCAGAUUUACAACAAAUAAUCAGUAAUCAUGCAGGAAGAAAAUCAUAUCUUUUUAUUUUCCUCACACCAUACCAAACAGAUCUUUAAUUUGUAGCAUCAAAAUAUGUGACUUAGUUUUACUUGACUGGAAAAAUGUGUCACUACCAGUUAUUAUUACUAUCCAUGUACACAUUGUUGAAUGCUGCAGUUUCUGGCACUAACUAAUGACAUAUCUUGAGGAAGAAGGUGAAGGAAAAUUAAAUAUAUAUACCCGCUUUGAACUUAUACUGAUAGCAUCCAGGCAUGCAUUCAGCAUCACACUGAAAACAACACUUUAAACAGUUACAGUCCAUCUUACACCAAGCACAUUUUAUCUGCUCCACCUUUUUGAUAGCACUGCUAGAUUGGGUGCACUUAUUCAACAUCUGUUAAGUUAUGAUGGUCAUGAAUGUUAUUUAUUAUCAUGAUUGCAGGAAAUGAAGAUCGAUUCAACACAGCAGUAUGAUGUAACACUGGAAAUAAUCCUGUUGCACUGCUCACACGCCUUACCUUUUUAAUAUCUCUGUUUGCACCUGUGUUUUUUUAUAUAUAUUAUUACUACAUUUUCAAUAUUGAUACUACAAAAAGACACCAGUGCUUUGCAGCUAUUGCUAAUAAAAGUAUUUCUGUCUGAGUGUAUGUUUAA